AUGGAAAAUGAUACCAAAACGAAAUCCCUCAUCAUUCAGGGAACAGGAGGUCUGGGAAAGACCCAGCUGGCCAAAGCGAUUUUGGCAUCAUUGGGCAAGUAUUUCUUCGUGGAUGCAAUGGACACCAUCAAGCAUCUAUUUUUUGUUGAUGGUGAAGCCUUGCUUUGCGACGAUGUGUCCCUUGGUGACUAUCAGAUUGACCAAGUCAAGUCGAUUUUGGACAUUUCGUGUGACAGAGCCAUAAGAUGCAGGCAUGAGGAUGGAAUAGUGCCAGCAGGAACUACCCGAAUCUUUUUGACGAACCAUGAGAAGCACGUAUUUUUUCCUCCUGGCUUUCAGUUGCAGCAGCAUCAAAAUGCCAUCGAAAGACGCAUGACGUGGGUCGAGGUCAAAGAAGUCCUCUUCAAGACGAAGGAGAUGUCAGUGCUUGAAGCUGCGAAAAGGCAGUCAGCCCAGUCUGAGAUCUCCAAACCAGCAGCUCAGGGAGUGAGAGAUCAGCGAGCUGGCUCAGCCAAGUCUGAGAUCCCCCAAUCUGAGAUCCCCAAAGUGGCAGCUGCUGAAGUGAGAGAUCAGCAAGCAGACUCUGGAUCGCAACACAAGGCCUCUCAACCAAGCCCCACAGAAUUUUACGAAGAAGCCUUUCUUCCAGAGGACGAGGAUUUUGAGGCAGAUAUUGAUGCAGCGCGUGGUCUUUGGGAUUGCUCUGACAAUGAUGACCAUGGUGGGCCAGGGCAUGCGGCCCAGCAA